GGAAUAGUGGACAGACGUCACAGAGAGGAAGCCAUUUUCCAGGCCGUCAGCGGUUGGCUGUUUGGAUCGUCCGGGUGUGGACGGGACGGAGCUUCCGAUUUUACACCGCGUCUCGGUACAAAACAGGCCGGACUGGGCUUUGAGAUGUUUUCCCUGUCCACGUUUCAGCCGCAGGUGACUGUCCCUCUAAGUCAGCUGAUCAGCACUUUCCAUUCCCUAAAAAGUUCGGCAAGCUCAGUCAGUUCUGCAUCAAUACAGUGUCUGCAACGAGAAACGCCCCCAGAACGUGAUCAAGUUAAUGAGCCUGCUAUUAACUUACGGGAACUUGGAUUAUCUGACUUGAAAACCAGCCAACUAACAGAAUUGGUAGACAGUUUGCUACCGUGUUUGUCUCCAGCUGCUUCAAAUCCUAAACAGUCGUCACGUUGGCAAAUCUCCCACAUUUCAUCACAGUCCUUUUUUGAAAAUAAAUAUGGAUUUUCGAGCAAUAUUUUCAACGUGCUACGUGCAUCUCAGCUUUCUCGACAAUAUCCCAGGCCACUACAGACUCUCUGUUCCAACCUUCAUCUUUGUCCAAUCCAAGAGCAAGUUCGUGGCUUUAAAACUCUAAGGUCAAGAUCAAGGAGACUGGCAGUAUCUGAUAAUUUGGUUGAAUCAGAAAGUAUUGCUCCUUCUUCUUUUAUGAAGGGGCUUUUGUUAAGGGAUCGAGGAAGAGACGUUGAGAAUUUGGACAGCUUGAUAAAAACCAAAAACAUUCCUGAGGCACAUCAAGAUGCAUUUAAAACUGGUUUUGCAGAGGGAUUCCUAAAAGCACAAGCUCUGACACAGAGGACAAAUGAUUCUUUAAGAAGGACGAGACUAAUUCUUCUGUUCCUUCUCUUGCUUGGAAUUUAUGGCCUAUCCAGAACCCCGUUCUUAUCUGUACGAUUUCGUACUACAUCAGGACUGGAUGCAGCUGUGGAUCCAAUUCAGAUGAAAAAUGUAACGUUUGAACAUGUGAAAGGGGUGGAGGAAGCAAAACAGGAGCUACAGGAAGUCGUAGAAUUUCUGAAAAAUCCUCAGAAGUUCACAGCAUUAGGAGGCAAACUACCUAAAGGCAUUCUUUUAGUUGGACCGCCUGGAAAUGGGAAAACGCUCCUUGCGAGAGCUGUUGCAGGCGAAGCAGAUGUUCCAUUCUAUUAUGCAUCAGGAUCAGAGUUUGAUGAAAUGUUUGUUGGUGUUGGAGCAAGUAGGAUAAGAAAUCUGUUUAGGGAGGCAAAAGCAAAUGCACCCUGUGUCAUCUUUAUUGAUGAGCUAGAUUCUGUUGGUGGAAAGAGAAUAGAAUCACCAAUGCAUCCCUAUUCGAGACAAACCAUAAAUCAACUACUUGCAGAGAUGGAUGGUUUCAAGCCCAAUGAAGGUGUCAUUAUAAUCGGAGCUACAAACUUUCCUGAAGCAUUGGAUAACGCUCUUGUCCGACCAGGUAGAUUUGAUAUGCAAGUUACUGUUCCUCGACCAGAUAUAAGAGGGCGAAAAGAGAUCCUCAAGUGGUAUCUUGGCAAAGUUAAAGUUGACCCAGCAAUUGAUGCAGAAAUAAUAGCCAGAGGCACAGUGGGCUUCUCGGGAGCAGAACUGGAGAACCUGGUCAACCAGGCUGCUCUAAAAGCAGCUGUAGAUGAAAAAGAUCAAGUCACAAUGAAAGACUUGGAAUUUGCCAAGGACAAAAUCCUUAUGGGUCCAGAACGCAGAAGUAUUGAGAUUGAUGCUAAAAAUAAAACAAUCACUGCAUAUCAUGAAUCCGGACAUGCAAUAGUCGCACAUUUUACAAAGAAUGCUAUGCCCAUUAACAAAGCUACAAUAAUGCCAAGAGGACCUACCUUGGGACACGUGUCAUUGUUACCAGAAAGUGACAGAUGGAGUGAAACCAGAGCUCAAUUGCUUGCACAAAUGGAUGUCAGCAUGGGUGGGAGAGUAGCCGAAGAACUCAUCUUUGGAGCAGAACAAAUUACCACAGGUGCUUCGAGUGACUUUGAUAAUGCAACCAAAAUAGCAAAGUUGAUGGUCACAAAAUUUGGAAUGAGUGAUAAGCUUGGAGUGAUGACUUAUUCAGAUCCAGAAAGAGCAAGCCCAGAUACACAAUCUGCUAUUGAACAAGAAGUCAGGAUAUUAUUGAGGGAUUCUUAUGAAAGAGCAAAGCAAAUCUUGAAGACUCAUGCAAAAGAACACAAAAAUCUUGCAGAGGCUUUGUUGAAGUAUGAGACACUGGAUGCCAAAGAGAUACAAAUGGUUCUUGAGGGAAAGAGACUAGAACUAAAAUAACUUCUCAUUGUAAAAGAGACAACAGUUCUUCAUUAUUUACUCAAAUGUAUAUAUGUGGAAGAGCAGUAGCCCACCAAAUGCAUACUAUAGGUGAUUUUAACACUUAAGGGCAUUGUUAGUAUUUUUAUAGUCACAGAAAAUGAUAACUUGCACAGUGAAAUUACCAAACAUAUGUGCUCUGGAACUUAAUUAAGUUCCAGCUCAACUGCAUCCAUUGAAUAAAUGGAUGGUUUUUUAAGUGAUUCAUUCUUCAUUUAUGAAUAUUUUGCUCUGUGUAGUGUAAAAUCUAAAGGUGGACAAGAAACAUGGUGAGCAUUGUUGCCUUCAACUAUUUUUCUUUUUUUCUUUCUCUGUAUUUUAAGUAUUUAUGUACACAUUUGAGAUGUAAUUUUGAUGAGUGCUUCCCAGUGCAAUUAAAAUCAGAUGAAAUGUC